AGCUUAGUAUGACGCGGACUUUCACAGAUCGAGUCGUCGCGACGCCACCACCACGAAAACCUGUUAAUUGCCUGCAUCGCACUUGCUUCCGGGGGAGUUUCGGAGGGUUUUUUGGGCUUCUGUGUGACACGUUCUUGCGUUUUACGCUUGUUGGAAGGUCUUGCGUCUGGAUUUGCGUCUUCAUUUUGGAAGUCGUUGUUAAGGGGACGUACAGGAGGAGGUCAUGGAAAUCGCGUUGUUGUAGGUGAGAUGCCGACGGAGUGCAUUACCAACCCUCUACAGAGGGAACUGGCGGAUUCCAUCAUUCGGAUGGUACCACUGGACGAAAUCCGGAUUUUGCUGGCUUGUGGGGCUAAGGUCAAUGAGCCUGUGACGCAGGGUUUGAUGCCCAUCCACUACGCCGUCUGGCAAAGGUACUACGAAGCAGCCCAGUUGCUACUGACUAGAGGCGGUGAUGUUAAUGCGGUGGAUGAGUGCGGCUACAGCGCCUUGCAUCUUUCAGCGGAACACGGAUACACGGAAAUCGUUCGUCUUCUUCUUCUGUCGGGCGCUAAAGUUAAUUAUCGCCCUAAUACUGAUGAAGACUUCCCGAGGACUACGCAGUGCGACGAACCUCUGCGUCUUGCCAUUAGGAACAAGCACAUGGAGAUAGCGCGGAUGCUCCUAGAGAAUGGGGCUGACCCCAAUAAGCGCUAUUUCUUCGGUGCCGAGAUCAAUCUAGUGACGGAUUUGGAAUUUCUCGAGUUGUUGCUCACUUUCGGUGCUAACCCCGACAGUAGAGAUAGGUCUGGGUUGACCCCUUUGAUGAAAGCAGUCCGACAACCACAAGGCAUGGAAGCGGCUCUUAUUCUUCUCAAAUAUGGCGCGGACGUGAACGCUAUGGCAGACGAAAGGCACGAUUACAGAACGGUACUGCAUUACGCGGUACUAUCAGGCAACUACGAAAUCAUCAACUUGAUUAUAAAACAAGGCGCCAAGUUGAACUACGACGAGGAGUUCGAUUUAGGGAAACCCAGUCCUCUGGACUUAGCGAUUCUAAAAGGGGAUCCGAAGAUCGUAGAACUGUUAAUUCAAUCAGGAGCUAACGUGAAUUGUAGCUCACCCAUCAUUGGAUCACCCUUACACGUAGCUUGCGCCGAUAACAUCUCCAACCGGUUCGAGAUCCUCCAGAUGUUGUUGAAGGCCGGCGCUGACCCAAACCUCAAGGUUUACAACGACGUCUACGACAACAACUCGCAGCUGAGACCCGUCUUGGUGGAGUACUUAGCCAGUAACACGGAUCCAAAUCUCACGAUCAUCAGUCUUCUGAUCCGAUAUGGUGCCAGAGUGAUAAUGAAAACCCAAUUCCGUGAUCCGGACGGUAUGCUCAACUCUCUCCACAACGUGAUCGGAAGCGAUUCGAUUUUCUCGCUUCUGUUGGAAGCCAGUGAAUCUUUCGACGUUUGUAUGAUCAGAAGGAACAACGUCAUCACGCCGGAGCAGAAGGAGACUUUGUUGAAGUUGGCCAGAUAUCCGCUGAGUUUGCGCAAACAGGUUAGGUUCUUUUUGAGGAAGCUGAUUGGAGGGAUUAAGCUGAUGGAGUCGGUUGGGGGUUUUGAGCUGCCGAAGUGUUUGGAGAAGUAUCUGCUUUUUGAUUAUAGUUGAUGUGAUAUUUUGUGAUUUGGUGCGUCUUUUUGGGCGCUUUUAAUUUGUAUCUUUUCAGUCCUGAGACUUGCUUGAAUCCCGUAAUUCCGAUUUGUGGUAUUAUCUUGUUUAAGCUUCAGUUUUGUAACCUGUGGUUAGGUAGUAGUUUUGUAUAUUUUUAUCCUUCUUUUACCUUUGUUCAAAUUUAUAUAUAUUUGUAAUCAUCACGUUUAAUAAAGUGGAAAUAUGUUA